AUGCUGCGCGCUCAAAUGCGCCGCCUUCCUGACGUCGUUACACUACUUACAAAAGAAGACAGCACGACUGAGACGCAGGAAAGAAACAGAAAACAUGCUCUCAUUACAGAGUAUGACUGUGACCCCAGAAAGCUCGCCUCAUACGACGGCGACGUCUACUGGUGCCUCUGGACACCCUGGCCUGUAGUGGAAUACCAACUCACGAAGCUACCCUCCCACAGCGACUCAAACAUCUACACAGUCCAAGUCGGGUGUAGAACAUAUGCCGCCAGACUUUCUGAAAAUCCUGAAGCUAUCAAGAGAGAGGUGCAGAACCAUAUUUUGGUGGUAAAGAAAAUGCGUCUGUCAUGGGGCAAAGCUACACAGGACUUUUAUGAGGUAAACGAAGAUGAUCCGUCGCAAAGAAGCACAGGAUCAAGACGCUGCAACAAGAACAAAUUGAAUCCUCGUAGCAGUCGACUCGAUGGGCCUCCUUCGCCGUAUAUCCCGGAUUUUGUGUCCGAGAUUAUCCAGAAUGGUCAUGAAGGAAAAGAUAUCGCAACAGCAGGAUACAUUACCGACUUCAUUCCGCCUCUCCACCCAUCCACCGCCCGUGCUCUUGUCGGCACGUUUGUAGAUUCCAGUAUUCAAGAGUCGGUAAAAAAUAACCCGAACCUGUCAAAUGUCAGGCUACAAGUCCAACUCGGCAUGGUGGCACCUCCAGACGACCCCCUAAGUACGAGACUCCUUUCUCGCCCCGUGUAUCUCGACCAGCUCCGGCGCGAGGCAGAGCAACCCCUGAAACUAUGGUGUCAGCAAAUGGGCAUAGCUUUGGCAAUCCUCCACUGGGAGUGCAGGCUCGAUGCAGCUGGCGUCAAGUUCUAUCUCGCAUCUGAGACGAGAGGCCGUACGAGGCUGUGGAUGACCAACUUUGGCGACUGCAAGCCGCUGCAACCAGGCCAAGACGAAACAAAGUCGAUGGCCGAAGCUGUCUAUGACAACCCAGUAUGGCCGCGAUCUCCUUUGAAGCGAGACAAGGCCGAUGGGAAAGAGUAUCGCCUGAAGAAGCGUGCUUACAAGAGCUUCGUCCGAGCGUACAUUAUCGCAAGUCAGAAGAUCCUGUCACAGGACUCGCCAGAAGAUACCAUGUGCUAUCCGGCCUAUUUCCUCCGCAAGUUGACUUUCAUGAGCUCAGGCUCCUGUCCAAUUCUGGACGAGAUCCUGGACAGACUGAAAAAUUUAAAGAUGAAGUUCUAG